GUUUACUAUGGAGAUGAAUGGAGUUGGAGAGCAGAGCAGUCAACUGGGCUGGACAACCAAGCCUUCCAGUCUGAGGAGUCUGUCAGUGUUGAUGUGCAGGAUGUCCCCUACUCCCUCCAGGAUUCAGAGAGUAAAGAUGGAGGACAACCCAAGAAAAGGUUUCUGGAGAAGAAACUGGAUUGUGUUCACAGAUACAUGGAGGAACACAGAUCUUGGAUCAGUCUGGGUCUUCGGCUUGUCUUCGCUGUAGGAUUGGUUGCUGUGGUGAUAGCGGCAUGCGUGAUCAACUUCCAGCGUGCGUUGGCCCUGCUGGUGCUAACCUUGGCAGCCAUGUUCUUCCUGGGCUGGGAUUGGCUGAUGGAUCGCUAUGGCAGUCAGCUGUGGAAGAGUCUAGAUCCUGCCAAGUCCGUCUUCAACAAUCAGUGGGUCUGGAUGAGAUGGGUGGUGUGUGCUCUGCUGCUGGUGGGGCUGGUGUGCUGGCUGGUUCUGGACACGGCCAAACAAGGAACCCGACAGCUGGUCUCGUUCUCCGGCCUGGUCUUCCUCCUGAUCAUGGUGCUCUUCUCCAGGAACCCCUUCAGGGUGAAAUGGAGGACAGUGGUGUGUGGAGUGGGUCUGCAGUUCCUGUUUGGUCUUCUCAUUCUCAGGACGAAGGCUGGUUUCACCGCUGUGGACUGGCUGGGCAAACAAGUAGAGGUGUUUCUCUCCUACACUGACGCAGGUUCCAGGUUUGUGUUUGGUGACAGCUACACUGACCACUUCUUCGCCUUCAAGGUCCUUCCCAUUGUGGUGUUCUUCAGCACAAUCAUCUCCAUGCUCUACUACCUGGGGUUCAUGCAGUGGCUCAUCUUCAAGGUGGGAUUCAUCAUGCAGGUUACCAUGGGAACUUCUCCGACAGAGUCCAUGGUUGCAGCCGGUAACAUAUUCGUGGGACAGACAGAAUCUCCUCUCCUGAUUCGCCCGUACAUAUCCCAGCUGACGAAGUCUGAGGAUCACGCGGUCAUGACAGGAGGCUUCGCCACCAUCGCUGCCGUCCUGGGAGCCUUCAUCUCCUUCGGGAUCGAAGCGUCUCAUCUGCUGACUGCCUCUGUGAUGUCGGCUCCGGCCUCCCUGGCCAUUGCCAAGAUCUCCUGGCCGGAGACCGAGACCAGGACCGUCACAGCCAAGAAAGGCCUCAAGCUGGAGAAAGGUGAGACUAAUAACCUGCUGGAGGCGGCGUCUCAUGGUGCCUCUUCAUCUGUUGUCCUGGUUGCCAACAUCGUGGUGAACCUCAUCGCCUUCCUGGCCCUGCUGAGCUUCCUCAACGCUGCCCUCUCCUGGCUGGGAGGCAUGUUCGACUACCCCGAGCUCAGCUUCUCUCUCAUCUGCUCCUACCUGUUCAUGCCCUUCUCCUUCCUCAUGGGUGUGGCCUGGGAGGACAGCUUCAUCGUGGGGGAGCUGAUUGGUCUCAAAACCUUCUUUAACGAGUUUGUGGCCUAUCAGAGGCUGGCUGCGCUCAUUAAGUUGCGGGAAGAAGGGGCUCCGGAGUACAAGAACGAUGUCAAGCAGUACCUGUCUGUGCACUCUGAAACCAUAGCAACGUACGCUCUGUGUGGAUUCGCCAAUUUCGGCUCGCUGGGAAUGAUGAUUGGCGGACUCUCGUCCAUGGCCCCCGAGCGGAGAGCAGACAUCUCGCGCUGCGCCCUCAGGGCUCUGGCCUCAGGCACUGUAGCCUGCUUCAUGACUGCCUGCAUCGCAGGCAUGCUGUACAUCCCAGAGUUGCAGUGCAGUGACUUUCUGGAGACUCACUUUAACACCACUUCAGCAGUCAACAACACUCAGGUCGUCACCUGCUGCACUGAGCUCUACAAAAGUGUGACUGUGGUCAGCCCCUCCAACGUGACGCUGGGGAGAGGCUACAGUCUGGAGUCUCUCCUGGGCUGCUGCUCCCUGGUGCCCUCCUCUCUCGUCAACUGCACCCUGCUGUUCUGAGAGCAGGAGGAGGAGCAGGAGGAUGAUGAAGAGGAGGAGCAGGAGGAUGAUGAAGAGGAGGAGGAGGAGCAGGAGGAGCAGUUGAAGUAA